AUGUUUCCACUCUUCCUUCAAUUGCCCAGCGAUAUCCGGCGCAAGAUAUGGCUGGCCACUCUCGGUCCUAUGACGCUCACAUUCACCGAGGGAGAACCACCAGUCGAGGUGGACGAAGAGUCUGAAUUGGCAGAGGAGGACCCGCAUGAGACCGAAAGACGACUAAGUCUUAGUGAACUCUACUCUGCUAUUUACAGUCCCUCUGGACAAUACUUUGAUAGCACUGAUACGCCCGAGGACACGGAUGAGGUUGCAGAUGAUGAUGCAGGAGACGAUGAUGUUGUUUGCCCCCAAAAGAAGUUGUUUGCGAAUUACACUCGAUACUUUGGCUACGUCGCACUCAAAGACGGAAGCUCCCGCUUAACCUUUGUGGUCGAGUCAUCCGCCGCUUACCUCGCAUGCAAAGAGUCUCGCGCCUUUCUCCGAUUCAUUUUUGCGGAGCCGGUCAGGCCAGGCGGAGGACUUCCCAGCUGGUUCCGCUUUGACAUGGACACGGUCCGAUUCAAGGAUGUCUACCUGGACAUGAUUUCUGAGCAUGCCUGGUUCACCCAGACGGAGAACCUGAUUGUUGCUAUAGUAUGUGGAGCCGACAACUAUCUGGGCCUUUCCGACGACAUUUUGACCGGAAAGAAGCACAGUUGGAUUCAAGACAACCUGGCUUGUUUGAAGAAUAUCACAUUUGAAAUGCAUCCUGCCCGAAGUGCCAGGACCUGUGGUCCAAAAGCUCUCACUGGAGACUGGUUGGACCCCUGGUGGGAAGCAUUCGAGCAGUGGUAUAAUUGCAAGUAUGGAUCUGAGCCGGCUUCUUUCUAUGCCAAAGUCAUAAGCUAUUGUGAUGGAAUCCCGGAGGUGACGCCAGAAAAUUAUCUCCGCGCGUACAAGAUUGUCCAACAAAAACACUACCAAACGUGCUUCCCAAAUGAGAAUUGGAAAUCAAACGUGUGGAGCAAGAGGACACUGGAUAUCCUGGAGGCUACAGACGAGGAAUUGAACAACCCCACCGAGUUUCUCAAGAAGCACCGGCCGUCAUGGGAUGAGUAA